UGUCACAGAAGAGUCCACUCCUGCCUUGUGUGUGGAAAGGAGUUUCCCAUUGCAUACAAGCUACAAGUCCAUAUGAGAAUCCACACUGGAGAGAAGCCUUACUCCUGCUCUGUGUGUGGGAAGAGCUUCGCCCAGAAGGGGAGCCUGACGCUCCACCAGAUCGUCCACACCGGAGAGAAACCUUACUCCUGCCCCGACUGUGGGAACACCUUCUCCCAGAUGAUCAGCCUGAAGAGACACCAACUGCUGCACACGGGAGAGAGACCGUACAGCUGCUCCGAGUGUGGGAGAAGCUACACCCAGCAGAGAAACCUGAGGGCCCACCAGCUGAAGCACACCGCAGAGAGACUUCACCGCUGCUCUGUGUGUGGGAAGAGCUUCUUCACACCCUCAGGACUCAGGGAUCACCAGAGGUCUCACACAGGAGAGAAACCAUUCCCUUGCUCUGUGUGUGGGAAGAGCUUCUCACGGCCUGGUCCCCUGAGAGAACACCAGCAGACUCACACGGGAGAUGGUGGACAGGUGGAGCGAGACCGCGGCAAGGACCCUGGUGACCGAUCGAGACCCAAACCCAAAGAGUCACUGGGUGAAACUCUGGGACUGAAAAUUAUAGUUGAAGAACUGGAGAAAGAAGAGGAGGCGAGAGAAGAAGAUGAGGAAGUUGGUGGUUUGAUCAAUUCCGACGGAGAGGAAGUUGGUCGCGUUUCUCUUUCUAGAAAAAGCCCUGUCCCGGUCUUUGUUAGCGGUGAGAUUCCCUCUACAUCAACAGAACCAGAACAACACCAAAACAUCCGGGAGAAACGAUACAGAACCAAGAAGCCUCACCUCUGCUCGGUGUGUGGAAAGGAGUUCUCUAAACCAUCGAAGCUAGUUGCACAUCUCCGCACACACAGUGGAGAGAAACCCUUCCGCUGCUCCGUGUGCGGAAGAGGUUUCUCCACAGGGGGUAUCACCCUACAGAGACACCUUCUGACGCACACAGGGGAGAAACCUUACCACUGUUCUGUCUGCGGGAAGAGGUUCAUCCAGCGAGGGAAUCUGUUAAAACACCAGAAGGUACACACUGGAGAGAAACCUUACUCCUGCUCCGUGUGUGGACGGAGUUUCCCUCGAUUUGAGCGUCUGAAGGACCACCAGCGGACACAUACAGGAGAGAAACCUCAAUCUUGCGAUGUCUGUGGGAUGAGGUUCUCCUACGCAUCCUCCCUCAAGGUCCAUCGCAGGAUGCACACCGGGGGAGAGACCUUACCAGUGCUCUGUCUGUGGGGAGAGCUUCAACUCAACAGCAAACCUGAGGAAACACAGACAGUCCCACACUGGAGAUAA